ACAGAGAGACUGACUGUGGUUACACACAAUGGACUUCUGAUGGAGCUCCUGAUCAGCACUGCUCUUCUCUUGACCGGUGUCAAUGGGGGCUCCCUCUCUCUGUACUCCAGUGUGGGGGAUGAUGUCAGUCUGCCAUGCACCAACGUUGUCAACCCUGACUGCUCCUCUACAGUGUGGCUCUACAGCAGCACUUGGUCUCACAGUGCUACUGAAAAGGUCUUUCAAGGGGAGAUCCAAAAUGGAGGAAAUGAGAGCAGUGAGAGACUGAGAGUAGGGUCUGACUGCUCCCUACGCGUUCGUAACAUUGGAGCUGAGGAUACUGGAGUCUACGUCUGCCGACAGUACUUUACAGAUGGCAGUGCACAUCUUGGAGAGGAUACUACUGUCUACCUGUCUGUUCUCACCAUCUCUAUGUCCACACCAGAGACAGAUCUAAAGCAUCCUAGAAAUGUAACCUUGAGGUGCUCUCUGCUCACAUACGGUGGUCCUGUAACGUGUGACUCCUUCAUUAGGGAUAUCAUUAGAGUGAACUGGGUGAAUGAGACAGGUGGCGAGUUGCAGGGAGACUCCAGAUACCAGGUCACACGGGCGUCUGGCUGUGACAUCACUCUGACUGUGAAACUUAGAAGAAAUGACAACAACAGGAAGUGGUGGUGUCAGCUGACUGAGGGAACGAGGAAGACAUUUGUCUACCUCACUUCUAAGGUCUCAGGUGGGACUAUGGAUCCUGUCGGGACAAUCAUCACUGCCCCACAACAACCUAUUGAUGGUCAAAGUCCUUCAAAGCCCUCUCAUUCAGGUACCAACCACAUCAAUGAGUUGCCAAUCAGUCGCAUAGUGCUCUGUGUGGCACUACCCUUGAUGGUAAUCGUAUAUGCAGUUUACACAACUAGGAGGAACCGCCCACUAGCAGAGGUGUCCUCUGGUAUAGAGCUGUAAGUCUUACUCUACCUUUAAUGAAUGUGUACAACUGAGCGAUUAUUUGCUGAAGGAUUCGUGCUGACAUAAUACAUAAAGGCUUUGAACUAAAGAAUGAAAAUGUAGUGCAUGUAAAUGGUAUCCACUCAAUGGGCCGUGACAAUUAAUGCUUUACAAAUAAAUAUGUUAUAUUUCUGUUUUGUAGCUAGCACUAGUGUUGUCAAUUGCCCAAGAGGAAGGGGAUGCUUACCUGUGAUACUGUAAAAUAUUCUCUACAAUUUCUACUGUGUUUCUCUAAGUCACUCUCUCAUUACCAGCUUCUAGAAUAUACAGUAUAAUGUGUGGGUGUUUGUGUGUGUGUGGUUGUGUGCGUGUGUGCGUGCACGUGCGUG